ACUCAAACCGACUCACAGGAUACCCCUCAUCAAAAUCGACAUCAUGUCACAGCCGUUUGCCUUCGAUAAUCGGCCACCUGUCGACAAACUUUUACGUCAAUGCUCUAAUGCUUCAUCUUACCGUGCCGAGGACUUGAUGACUCCAGCCCUUCCCGCCAGACCUGGCGGUGCCCGACGGACUGAUCGACCUGGUCUGCCCUCUCGCCCCAUCAUGGUUAAGCAACCAUCAAGAUGGACUCAUGGAACGGGUAUGGGAGGACGGGGAAUGAGAAUGUCUCCAUGCUCAGAAAGCUUUCACAUUCUGUUACCUCAACAACACUUCAGGCGCCGAUCUCAUCAAGACCCACAAAGUAUUCAAGCAGAUGAUUGGUCUGAUAAGAAGAUCGAUCCCUCAAGGAAUGAAGAUGACGAAGAAUUAGAAUUAAAAACAAAAAAAGAAGACAGCGCAAGUGGAGAUUCAAAACCAUUCGAUGCUGGUGAUGAUCCCACCAUGCGGGUGAUCACUUUCAGGAGUGUCCUUGUUGGCUUUUUGUUGUCCAUUGUCGCGGCUGCGAUUGCUCAGUUAUUUCAAUUCAAACCAGUUAGGGUCCAGAUAUCUUUAUUGACACUUCAGAUUCUUUCUUUUUUACUUGGCACCUUGCUUUCCAAAAUUUUACCCACGAGGAUACGAUGGUUGAAUCCCGGACCAUAUACCAUCAAAGAGGACGUGUUUGCUACAUUAAUGGCAGCUGCUUCAGCUUAUGCCGCUUUUGGCACUGAAAUUUUUGCACCUCAGAUUUUAUUCUUUCAUGCCUCGCCUCCUUAUGCAUUGGCUGUCUUGGCACAAUUUUCAAAUCAAAUACUGGCAAUUUGUUUUGCUUGGCUUGUACGGCCUUUUCUUGUCUACCCAGCAGAAUGUUCGUAUCCUGCUGUCAUACCAUCUGUAGUUCUCUUUCAAUCGCUCCAUGGAGGAGAUCCAUUGGCACAACGCCGCAUUGCAUACUUCAAGAAAUUCGCUCCUCUCAUUGGGGCAUGGGAAAUUCUACCACAAUUUCUUGCGCCUGCUUUGAGUGCAGUGAACAUCUUCUGUAUGUGUUUGCCUGGCGUACCAGCUGUGACGAAUGUUUUCGGUGGAUCCUCGCCGAACACCGGCUUCGGGAUCCUUUCAGCAAGUCUCGAUUGGACAAACAUCUCAGCUGGAGUGAACGGGGCGUCCCCGAUGUAUGUACCUUGGGUCGCUCAAGUGAAUUCUUGGAUUGCGCUCGCUUUUUCUAUAUUUUUAUACCUAUCACUUUACAAAUUGAGGUUCUUAAAAUCUGGCGCUCAAGACGGAUACCCAUUCCUUUCAACCGAACUUCUUGACCAGCAUGGUGGGGCCUAUAAUCGAACCGCAGUUUUUAGGCCAAAUGGUACCCUGGACAAAAUUGGACUUGAAACUCAAGGCCUACCCGCCUUUACUCUAAGCUUUGUGAUCUCCCAAGCUUUUGCUGCCCUGUUGAUGACUAGUGCGAUCACUCAAGCUAUCUUUCAAAAUUGGGGUUUGAUCCAAUCAAUGUUAUUUCGAUCCGCUGGCAAGACCGAUAUACAUUCAAGUGACCCCCAUCUAAAGGCUAUGAAAAUGUAUCGCCCCAUCCCUAUGUGGUUCUUUCUAGGAUUGACUUGUGCAGCCACUGUUACUGCCUACGUAUGUUCAAUCAUUGCCGGGACUCAUUUGGGCAUAGUUCCCAUGAUCAGUGCAAUGUUGUUGGCCGUCAUCAUCAUCAGCUCGAUUGGAUUUCUUAAUGCUACCGCUGGUUUUAAUCCUAUCGUUGCUCCUGCAUGCCAAAUGAUCGGUUCCGUUUAUGGUGGCUCUGUCAUCCGUUCUAUGUGGUAUGUUUUUCAGAUCACUCGACACAUACGACCUACGGUUAUUAUGGAGAGAUACGUGGUAACAUUAGCUCUUGUGUAUCGACAGUCAUACUUCUCCAAAAAACUUCUACGUCUAGACCCACUUGGGGUAGUACGACUUAUAUUUACUCUGUUCGUUUUAUCAUUAUACAGCGUCAAGUUGAUGAUUUAUACCAAAAUUCCACCCUGGAAAGGAUUUGGAGCCCAAGUGGUUGGAACCGUGAUUGGAGUGCUUGUCAAUCAGUUUGUGAUGCAGACCAUUGUCACAGAUAAUGCUGCUGCUUUGGUCGAACCAACUGCAAGUGGUCAAUUCUCAGGAAUCGCAUCACAGGCAUUGUUCAACGAAGUCAGCACCUGGAGUCUCUUCGCUGGCCAACUCUAUGGACCUGGGCGGCGCUACUUCCUCAUCCCUCUGUCUCUGUUAAUCGGCAUCUUUCUUCCCCUGCCAUUCCUCUUGGUUCAGCGUCGUUACCCUGAUUCCAUGCUAGGCAAAUUCAACGUUCCACUUGUCGCAGGUACAAUUCAAGUAGCAAUCAAUGGAACGACAGCAGGUCGGACUACAGCGAUUGUCGUUGGAUUUUUGAGUCAGUUCUACAUGAGAUUGUAUCACUGGGAGUGGUACAAAAGCUAUAAUCACGUGUUGAGUGCGGCUCUGGAUGGUGGUACUCAGAUCACGGUGUUAUUGUUGUCAUUCGCCGUGGGUGGCGGUGCCGGUUUUACACUCAAUUUACCUCAUUACAUUCUUAAUCCUGCUCCGCCAUUCCUUCGUGAUUAUUGUACCCGGUUCUGAACCCAUCGCGCGUGGAAAUGUUGUUGGAUCGCAUUUCGGGCUCAUUUCCGCCUAGGGCCAAUUUGAAGAACGUAACUAAAAAUACAUAUAUCUACUAUAUUAAUGACUCUCCUUAGAUCCUGUUACAUGUACCUAUAUGAUUUUUGUUGAACCCUCCUCUUGAUUCAGGUGUGAUCUGGGAUAGUUAGGGUGAUCAAAUCAUAGAAUCUGAUUUUAUGUGAACCUUGAGGGCUUUUUUGUUUUGUUUUCUUUCUUCAAAACUCUUUUAGUUUUUCAAUUCUGUGUCUCGGUACAAGAUUUUUGAUCUCGUUUUUUUCUUUGCUUUCUUGAUCAUAGGGUACGUGAGCCUAUUUUAUGUGUUAGCAAGAUCAUCUUCUUAUAGGUAAAAUCUUUCUUAGCCCUCAUUUCUUUUUGUAAUAGUUUUCUUUUUGGUACUACAGGUAGAAUCAUCCAUAGAUUGUUAUCUUUUUUCAUCUUUUAAUUUCAAUUCAAGUAGAGCAGACCCAUUAUCGAAAAAUUAUCCAAUUGUAAAUUCCAUUUCUGAAAUA